UAUCACCGAUACGUUCCGUGACUGCGUUGCGGUGAUAACACCGUUUGGGUUUGUUAAUUUUUUUUUUUUUCCCCUUAUUAUUAUUAUAACACUGUUGACGGAUCCCGGGUGCAAAACGAACCAGCACGUUCUCAUAAUCAUCACGUCGACAUGCUCCAAUCAGUUGUUACUUGGCAUUUAUGAUUUCGCACGGUCCUGCUUGAUAAUAUUGUCGUGGUCGUCGUUCGCACAAUGGAUUCGUUUCCGCCUCGAACCGCUACGCUUUUGUACGAAUUAGACAAAAAGCUCAUGGUUCUGUUGCGAGACGGCCGCACGCUCAUCGGAUACCUGAGAAGCGUCGAUCAGUACGCCAAUCUUCUGAUGCAACAAACCGUCGAACGAAUCCAUGUGGGCAAGAAGUUUGGCGACAUACCCAGAGGCGUGUUCUUAGUCCGUGGAGAAAACGUUGUGCUGCUCGGAGAAAUCGAUUCCCUACAAGAAGCCGAUCAAAUGUUUGAACGGGUUUCGAUAGGAGAAAUCUUAGCUUUGCAAAAACAAGAGCAAGAUGCCAAGACCGAAAAAGCUAAAUCAAUUGAACGGUCUUUGAAAAGAAGAGGUAUGCGAUUUCCUCCAGACCUUGUUCAAGAUGAAUUUCUCUGAUGAAAGCCAUAGUUUUAAGUUAACAAACAACAAACAAAUGUUGAUGCUUUAAUAUUUUCCAAUUUUUAGAAUUGUUACUUAUUUGAAUAAUUUUGUAUUCUAACUAAGCACUAGGUAAAGGCUGUUGUCGUAAUAUUUAUAAAUUUGUAUAAAACAUUUUUUAUUUAAAAAGUAAAAUAUUUUGAAAUGUUUAGUGUUUCCUUUCAUCAAAUUAUUAUUAGAAAAGAUUGUAAUUUAUUGGUCGGGGGGAAAAACAAAAAACUGUUACUAUUUUUUGAAAGGCAAUUCUUACCUUAGAACACUUAUAAAAUGUUUAAUAAAUGUCAUACAAACAUUCGUCAAAUAAUUACAUACAUUCAUUGAAUAUAAUGCAUGGAUAAUCGUUGAAUCAAA